AUGAAUUAUAGGGAAAGAUCAUCGCCGGGAACGGAUUCAGGAGGUUCGGUAAAUCCGGCCGAGGAGUUUGUUGAGGUCACUCUUGAUCUCCAGGAUGAUGAUACAAUAAUCGUACGUAGUGUUGAACUUGCAACGUUCAUUAACAUAGAUUCUGGCAAUGACGUUGUUCCUGGUAACGCCGGAAUUGAAACGCCGACACCGGCUUCGACGUCAGCUUCCCGGUCACCAACUAUACGCCGGAGCUCUUCCAGUAGGCUCCGACAAUUGUCUCAGGACUUGAAAGCUGAAGCAGUAGCAAAAGCAAAGCAGUUUUCGCAGGAUCUGAAGUCUGAAUUGAAGCGAUUUUCAUGGAGUCACGGGCAUGCGACACGUGUUCUUAACGGUGGCGCUGAAGACGGAGGUGGUGGAAUAGAGUUGGCGCUGGCGGCACGAGCAAUGCGCCGGCAACGUGCGCAGCUUGAUCGGACUAGCACCGGCGCACAUAAAGCUCUCCGAGGACUCAAGUUUAUCAAUAAAAGUAAAACAAAUGACUGGAAUGAAGUUCAGAACAAUUUCAAUAAGCUUGCAAAAGAUGGUUUCCUUUACCGCUCUGAUUUUGCAAAAUGCAUAGGAAUGAGAGAUUCCGAAGAAUUUGCGUUGGAAUUAUUUGAUGCAUUAAGCAGAAGGCGUAGGAUACAGAUGGAGAAGAUUAGCAUAGAUGAACUCUACGAAUUUUGGUCACAAAUUACAGAUCAAAGUUUCGAUUCCAGGCUCCAGAUUUUCUUCGACAUGGUAGACAAGAACGAAGACGGUCGAAUAACUGAAGGCGAGGUCAGAGAGGUAAAAUUCAUGGAGGUGGCUCAGCCGGCGGCGGUGGCAAAGCUGAUGGGAUCAAUUGAGGGUUUUGGUGGUGCUAGCGGUGAUUUGAUGGACGAAGCUGAGGGUCCGCAACCGGAGAUUUCUAGCAGUUUUGGUGUCCGAAAAGGUGGUUGCUUGAAAAUAGGUUGUCGAUUUUUUAGAGUAUUUGUAUUGUUGGGUUUCUUUUAA